UUGUUCUCUGCGCUGAGGCCGUGGGAGGGCCACAUGGCCAUGCGCCUGCGCAAUCCUGUUCCUGAGGGUUGGCUGGGCGGGGCGCAAGAGGGGGAGAGGCCCGGCGCCUGCGCAGUGCUGUGCCCGGCAGCGUUAGCGUCCCUGGUGAAGGGGCCGGUGCGGUGUGUGUCAGUUUGUCUCGUUCGCUGCCGGUGGCACCAUGGCCAGCUACAGCCUGGAGGAGCGCGCCACCCUCAACAGCCUGGAGUACCGGGUCUUCUUCAAAAAUGAUAAAGGACACUACAUUUCACCAUUCCAUGAUAUUCCAAUAUAUCCAGUUGCUGGCAAGAAUGUGUUCAACAUGGUUGUGGAAGUACCUCGAUGGACAAAUGCAAAGAUGGAGAUUGCAACAAAGGAUCCUCUAAACCCAAUUAAACAAGAUGUGAAGAAAGGACAGCUGCGUUAUGUUGCUAAUGUAUUUCCCCACAAGGGCUAUAUCUGGAAUUACGGUGCUAUCCCACAGACAUGGGAGAAUCCACGACACAAAGAUGAAAAUACUGGCUACUAUGGAGAUAAUGAUCCAAUUGAUGUGUGUGAAAUUGGAAGCAAGAUAUGCUCAAGAGGAGAAGUAAUUAAAGUGAAAGUUCUGGGCACACUAGCGCUGAUUGAUGAGGGGGAGACAGACUGGAAAGUAAUAGCAAUCAAUAUUGAAGACCCUGAAGCAGCCAGCUAUAACAAUAUUGAUGAUGUCAGAAAGAUAAAACCUGGAUACCUAGAAGCUACAGUGGACUGGUUUAGAAGGUACAAGAUACCUGAUGGGAAGCAAGAAAACCAGUUUGCAUUUAAUGGAGAAUUUAAAGACAAGGACUUUGCAAUUAACAUAAUCAAAAGCACUCAUGAACACUGGACAGCUCUAAUAUCUAAAAAAACAGAUGGAGGAGAAAUCAAUUGCGCAAAUACAACUGUGUCAGACAGCGCUUUUUGUAUUAGUCAAGAAUCUGCUAAAGCUACUGUGGAAGCAGUACCACCCUGUGGAACUCCCAAUACAAUACCACCUGAAGUGGACAAGUGGUUCUAUUACCAGAAAAACUAAGACCUAAAGGUGGAUGUUGAAAUGCCUACAUUUCUCCUACCAGGAAGCCCUAAGUGGGGGAGGGGAGGGAAUGAGAAAUACUAGCUUACAGUUCCAGAGGAAAAAAUAGUCUUGUCUUAUAGAUAACUUAUCAUAACAGAAUUGCAUAUCUACCAGUGUGGCAUGUUCAAGAUGUACCAAAGUCAUGUGGAGAACUAAAUGCAAUCAUUUUGUAAAAGAGCAGCUUCAUGUGUCUUAAUAUGUAUCUUUGUACAUCACAACAGUAAUUGUUCAACUCAAUUGUGUAUAGAAUACUUGAUGGGUGUUCACUGUACAUUAGUAAGAAAUAAAAUUAUUUUGCUGAAGUUCA